UUCCUGUUCUUGGAGAGUGCGAAUCGAGAGGUCAGCAAACAUGAGCCUGGAACAGUGAGGCAUCUCCCCAUGGGGAGGGAGGGGAAGACUGCAGCUUACCUGGAGCAGGUGGAAUAGAGGAGAACAGAUAAGAGAGCUUCAUGAUACUGCCUCAGACUCUGGCCUGCCCAGGUCUUGAGAGCUGAACAAGUCUGGGAAUGGUCCCUACUUGUACUGAGACAGAAAGGUUUUACAGCACUGGCUCUGAAAGGGAUUUCCUAUGACCUGGUCCCAGUGAACCUCAUUAAGGAUGGAGGACAGCAGUUUUCUGCUGAAUUCAAGGCAUUGAAUCCUAUGCAGCAAGUGCCAGCCUUGAAAAUUGAUGGCAUCACCAUUUCUCAGUCACUAGCUAUAAUUAAUUACCUAGAAGAGACACAUCCUAACCCCAGGCUCCUGCCCCAAGAUCCAAAGAAGAGAGCCCAAGUCAGAAUGAUCGCUGAUCACAUUGCCUCUGGCAUCCAGCCACUCCAGAACCUGAGUGUCCUGAAACAAAUGGGGGAGAAAAAAAUGGAAUGGGCUCAGAACUGUAUCACAUCUGGCUUUCAAGCACUGGAGCAGAUUCUGCAGCACACUGCUGGACGCUACUGUGUGGGGAAUGAAGUCUCCGUGGCUGAUCUGUGUUUAGUGCCUCAAGUGGCCAAUGCUGAAAGAUUCAAAGUGGACAUGGGUCCAUAUCCCACAAUAACCAGAAUAAAUAAAGCUCUCUUGGAGUUAGAGGCCUUCAAAAUAAGCCACCCUUCCCGGCAGCCAGAUACUCCUGCAGAGCUGCGAGCUUGAAGCCUUUCUGCUCAUUAAAUCUAGAAAGCUGGCAUGAUAAAGAAGACAUCUACAGUUUGAGUAGAACUUCAGUGCCAGUAGGAAUCCCUGUCAUCUGGGUGGGAAGGACAGAGGACAGGAGCUAUGCCUGUGCUGGAACACCUGCAGCUACUCGUUUUUUUUAUGCAGUCUAUCUCCAUGAAGCAGAUUAAAGCAGAAGUAUCCAUAACGA